AUGGUCCCGGAAAAUUGCAAGCUCAAAAGGAAGCACAUGCGUUCAAAUUUCGCAGACAAGGUGGUGGUAAACUUCCAGUGCAGCGUGCGUCUUGAUCUACGGGGUGAAACUGAGUGCCCGAUUCCUGCCUGUGAAGAUCCUAUCAAAUUCGAACGGCGGUUACGACCACGAUCAGCAGGAUUUAUUCAUGAGAUUCCAAUCUUCGAUGCCAAUGGUAGCGUCGAGGUGGACGUACGUGCUCAACAGAUCGACGUGUUGGAUCCUCAGAUCGACUUCGGAUUCGAUGCCGACGACAAGCGUAUGCGCUCGGUCCUGCAACGACUACGCGGUGACCGAGACUGCAUCGCCAAACACCAUUUGAUCAUUCCAGCAGCCACCGCUAUUUCUUUGAUUAUUUCGCUUAUCGGAGUUGUUUUCAUUCUGCUAAAGCGAUCCUAUCCUCGAAAACCGUGA